AUGAUAGAAUUUGAAAUUUUCUCUCAUGAUGGUCUUCGACUUUCUGGUUAUGAUUGGCCAUCUAAUCAACAUCCAGAUUCACCAAUUGCUGUAGUAAUACUUUUACAUGGUAUUGCAGAAUAUUGUGGACGAUAUGAACAUCUUGCACAAUUUUUUAAUGAGAAUGAUAUAGCAGUAGUUUCAAUGGAUCUUCGCGGUCAUGGUUUGAGUGAAGGAAAACAUACUUUUAUACCGACAGCUGAAUCUAUAUUUCAAGAUAUUGAUUUAUUAAUAGAACAAUCACAACAUCGAUAUCCAUCAUGUCCAGCUAUUCUUUAUGGACAUUCAAUGGGUGGAACUUUAGCAUUAUCAUAUACACUUAAUCGAUAUUCUAAUGCAUCAGACAAAUGUCCAUAUCAAACUUUAAUAGUAUCAAGUCCUUGGAUUCGUUUAGCUCGAUUUCUUCAACCUCCUCGUCCAAUUAAUUCAUUAAUUCGAAAAGUUGGUCAAAUUAGUCCAUCAUUAAAAUUUCCCCUUCGAUUUAAUCCAGCUAAAAUUACACGGAAUGAAAAUAUUGUUUAUUCUUAUAGUGAAGAUCCUUAUAUACGUCGAUCAGGAACAUUAUCUCUUGCUCAUACAAUGGGUAAUGUUGCAAAAACACUUGAUCGAUCAAGUUGUACAUUUCAUAUACCUGUUUUAAUUCAACAUGGAGACGCUGAUGCAUUAACAAGUCAUAAUGCAAGUUCAAGAUUUGCUGAUCGAGGAAAAAAUAUUCAAUUUAAAAGUUGGCCAAAUUGUUUUCAUGAAUUACAUAAUGAACCUGAACGAGAAGAAAUAUUGAAUUUUGUAUUAGAUUGGAUUUGUGAGAAAAUUAUUGUUUAA